UUGUAACUCGCUACCUAACCUUGUGAUCGAUCGAGCUCCUCUUGUUGUUUAGCUAGCUAGAGCUCCAGGCUCCAGCACGUGCCCAACUAACUAAAACACCUUCUUCUACUGAUAAAGUUGCGUUGUAUCUGGAGAGCAAGGUAGCUCUGCACCAUUCCCUUUCCUUAAUUCUCUUGAUUAACUGCAAUGGCUCCUCCAUACGAAACCAGCUCCACCGGCUCUGAAUCGCCGGUGCCGGAGGCGGUGGUGACGGUGGAUGUGACGGCGGCGAGCGAACUUAUCAUCUCGGCCGGCCACCGUUACGUCGAUGUCAGGACAGAGGAAGAAAUGAGCAAGGGCCAUCUGCACAACUCUCUCAACGUGCCCUUCAUGUUCUUCACACCUCAAGGGAGGGAAAAGAAUCCUCUGUUCGUUGAGCAGUUCUCGUCGUUGGUGAGCAAAGAGGAGCAUGUAGUUGUGGGGUGCCAAAGCGGGAAGAGGUCAGAGCAAGCAUGCGUUGAUCUCCUGGAAGCAGGGUUCAAGAACGUGAAGAACAUGGGAGGAGGCUAUGCUGCGUGGCUGGGCAGUGGAUUCCCCGUAAACAAUUUAACGCUUUAAUGCAAUUCCAUCACUGAUGAUGAGUGAUAAACGAUGCUGCUCCAAACCUACCUUACCUGCCUGCGUGCCUGUACCCUAUCGUGUCGUGUGCUACGUUACGUCGUUCUAUAUGUCCUGUUUCUUACUAGCAUGCAUGGAUGCAGCCAGAAUUGAUUAAAUAAAACCGAUCAUCAUGCA